CUGGGCUACUUUCCAGUUUCCAAUAAUUUUCUUGCUUCUUUGAGCUCAUGUUUUGUUAUGUUAUACUAACUGCUAUAGUACUUGUAUUAAUUGUUGUACAACUGACUGUUUUUCUACAAAAAUUGAAGUCUAUUUUCAGUUUAACUACGGAGUACAAAAACUCUUCUUUCUUAUCUUACAACUACUCUAGGAAGUCGAUGUUGAUAUCCGAUAUUGAUCAAUCUCUCACACAAACGCAAACGGGUUAAACCGCUAUGUGGGUUGCUGUUAGAACUUGGGAUAGUAUUCAUUUCCUGAAUUCUCUCCUUCAGCAAUUGUUUUAUUAUAUCUUUCAUCAGUACAAAUGAGUUUGGGUAGCUGGAAAAGGUGGUAGCAUUAAUAAUUACCAAGUAUUGCUUUUUUUUUUAUAGAAAAUCUUUUGUAUCAAGAGAUGCCUUGACGAAUCAACCAGCUGAAUGGACCCUUUGAGUUUCUGAAACUAUAUUUGGUAGAAUUUGUUCACAAAGGACAGGAAGUGCACUCUUUUGAAAGCGGAGCAUAUUAAGUUGAUCGUGAUCGAUGUCGAACAGUUUGUAUUAUCAGCCAAAGAGGGAAAUUGAUACACAUUUCAUCAUGCCCCAGUGUCAGUCUUUGAAUCCUCAACUAUGUUAUUCUAACAUCAGCAAUGAAACCUCGAAAGUAGUUUCCCCAGGACAGUACAACACCCUGGAAUCAUCUUCUGGAAGUAGCAGCUAUGCUCAGCUCAGCUCCACGUCAAGUCUUACCUUUGCAUCCAGUGGAUCACUACUCGACUCCAGUUCUUACCAACCUGAUCAAUACUGCUCUCCUGAUUACGCCAAUAACUCACCCAUGAGUAACUCAUGUAUUACAGAUGAUUGUGGUGACUUGAAGUGCAAGCUAAGGGAGUUGGAAAGCGUGAUGCUGGGACCCGAUACUAGUGAUUUAAUAGAUGGUUAUUGCAACAUGAUCGAGAGUGGGUCCCAUGUAACCCCACUGGAGAUGGACAGCUGGGGUAAAGUCAUAGAGAUAAUCGCUCGCAAAGAUGUGAAACAAGUUCUUGCUGCUUGUGCAAGAGCAGUUGCUGAGAAUGAUGAGUUGGUGGCCCAAUGGUUGAUGGAUGAGUUGAGACAGAUGGUAUCCGUGUCUGGUGAUCCAGUUCAAAGAUUGGGUGCAUACAUGUUAGAAGGACUUGUGGCAAGGCAGGCCUCCUCAGGUAGUUCCAUUUACAAAGCAUUGAAGAGCAAAGAGCCUGCAAGUGCGGAUCUUUUAUCUUACUUGCAUAUACUUUUUGAGGUAUGCCCAUACAUUAAGUUUGGCUACAUGUCCGCAAAUGGUGCCAUUGCUGAAGCUAUGAAAAAUGAAAGGAGAGUCCACAUAAUUGAUUUCCAAAUUGGGCAAGGAAGCCAAUGGGUGACCCUUCUUCAAGCAUUUGCUGCUCGGCCUGGUGGGGCCCCACACAUCCGAAUAACUGGGAUCGACGACUCUUAUUCAGCAUAUGCCCGUGGAGGUGGGCUUAAUAUAGUUGGCCAGAGACUUUCAAGGUUAGCUCAAGCAUUCAAGGUUCCAUUUGAGUUCCAUGCCGUUGAUAUCUCAGGUUGUCGGGUUCAGUUGAAAGAUGUUGGCAUUCGACGUGGUGAGGCCUUAGCAGUGAAUUUUGCUUUCAUGCUACAUCACAUGCCUGACGAAAGUGUAAGCACCGAGAAUCACAGGGAUCGAUUACUUAGGAUGGUUAAGGGGUUGAACCCGAAGGUGGUGACACUUGUAGAGCAAGAGUGUAACACAAAUACAGCUGCUUUCUUGCCACGCUUUCUUGAGACAUUGGACUACUAUAUGGCAAUGUUUGAGUCGAUGGAUGUGACUCUGCCUCGGGUUCAUAGAGAUAGGAUCAAUGUUGAGCAACACUGUUUAGCUAGGGAUGUGGUUAACUUGAUAGCUUGUGAAGGAGCUGAGAGAGUGGAGCGCCAUGAACUACUUGGAAAGUGGAAAUCGCGGUUCACAAUGGCUGGGUUUAAACCGUACCCUUUGAGCGUUUUGGUAAAUAGCACAAUAAAGACACUGCUAAAGAACUACUGUGAUAGUUAUAGGUUAGAAGAGAGGGAUGGGGCUCUUUAUCUUGGAUGGAUGAAUAGAGAUUUGGUUGCUUCUUGUGCGUGGCAAUGUAGUUAGUUAGUUUCCUGUUGAUUUCUGAAGCUGAGAAAUCAAAAGAGCUGUAACUUUUAGUCUUUGCAUUUCCUUAUUUUUGUUGAAGUUGCAACAGCAGCUCCCUUUUGUUUUUAGGUGUCAAAUCCCGUUUAUGUUAUUUUUGCUUGAAUGAAAGAGCAGGAAAAUAAAGAUUUUCCAUCUCAA